AUGGUUUUUGGGCACAAGGCCUUAGAUAUAUUUAUAAGGAGUUCCAGAGUUUUUGGCAAUCAUUACUUGAGUAGGACAACGUUAAACCAACAGUCGGUAAUUGCUAAAGAUAUUGACUCGUCCAAGUUGAAACGAUACUAUGGAAUUACUGAUGUUCUUAUUGCUUCAAAAUAUCACAUAUCUACUAAUUUUAUGACAUCCUUAAAAUUUAUAACAUUUCAGGACUGGCUACUUUUGGUUACACAUGGUAUUUUGUUGGGUUCUUUCAUUUUAUUUGUAAUUAUUAACGAAGGUAUUGUUGUUGGAGAUAAGAAGGCUCAUGAGGCUGCCAUUCAUAUGCCCCAAUUACUGUAUUUCUUGUUGUUCUAUGGUGUAUUUGGACUACCGUAUGUCCUGGCAAAAGUUCCAUCAACCUUAAAAUUGAUUCUCUCAAAUAAAACUAAAGCUUUGAUACUUUUAAUUUUAUUCAUAAUAAUAGUACAUUACAAUACAAUAACUCAUCCAUAUUUAUUAGCUGAUAAUCGGCAUUACACAUUUUAUAUAUGGAAUCAUUGGUUUGGAAAGUACAGUCAUGCAAAAUACACUACAACACCCGUCUACGUCUUCUUGCUAUUCAGUUUGUAUGACAAUUUGAAAGAUCAAAACUGUAUAUCAUUUUUCCUCCCAUACUUUGAUAGUACUGUAUGGAAGUGA